UGUGACAGAUGUCACCCCCACGGCCCCUACAAAUGGUCGUGGAAAGUGCCUGUAAAUUUCUGCAAGAAAUGUCCACCUCUAGUACCCCUGCUGUUUCUAAAAGCUGUUGUUUCCAUCAGAUCCAUUGUCUUAAUGGUGCCCAAACCUUUGUGUAAUGAAGACACAUGACAUUCCUCGCAACGAGUGGAGUGUUACUGUAGAAUCUAAGCAUUUGGCUCCCAAUGGCAUUUAACCCCAUUAUUUGUGUCUGCAUUCCUUCAGUCCAGAAGGAGAUCUAAAGAGGCAAAGCAAAUUAAAAUAGGAAGUAAUUACAGAAACAACAAUAAAACACGACCAGCAAGGCCCAGUGCCCAAAAAUGGAAAUACCCAGGGCUGUGUAACAGGGUUUGGCAUAUAAACCCCAGGUGUGUUUUGUUUUUGUUUCGCUUGAGUGAUGAAUUUUUGAUUUGGCCUGGAAACUAGGAAUUUGAAUCCUCGGGGACUAAGGGAAAACAAGCGGGAGGCUGAAGGGUGCCAGAGAUACGGGAGCUGUAAGUGGGUGGAGGGGGAAAAGUGGGCCGUCCUAACCUCCUUUCUAUAGCUUGCACACCAGCAUUGCUCCCUUACUCACAUCCAUAAUACACUUUUCACAUUGGUACAACAGCUCCCACGGCUCUGAAACAAGCUGCAAAUCUGAAGAAAAAAGCUACAAAAGAGGAAAAAGUUUUAUCUCCCUGUUCAACUGGACGUUAGAAAGUGGAUCAAGUGAUAGCAGAGAGGAAGUAAACCCCCUUGACCUCUUCGCAAGGAUCCCCUUGACUCGAGAUUGUAUAGUUUUUAACGACAUCUGCACAUUUGUUCAUCUGUCCAGCUGCGUGUGUGUGCAUCUCUGUUAGUCUUCUGAACCCUGUUACUAUGAAGGCCACAUAUGUGCUGCUUUGCGUGGGUCUGGCCGUUCUUCCUGCUACAAUCUGUCAAUCCCCUUCUGAACGAGACACAGAUUGUACAGAUGGCUAUGAGUGGGAUGCGCAAACUCAACUCUGUCGAGAUAUAAACGAGUGUGAGACCAUACAGGGAGCAUGUCAGGGAGAAAUGAAAUGCUUUAAUCACUAUGGUGGUUACCUAUGCCUUCCUCGCUCUGCUUCGGUUAUCACCGCCCCCGAGCCCUCCAGCCAAUCAGAGACCAGUCUGACAGUGGAAACUAAUGAGGCAUUUAACCCCUGCCCUGUUGGCUACACUGCCCAAGGGGACACUUGUGUUGACAUCAAUGAGUGUGAGUUAAACCUGCAUGACUGCCAGCCCAGUCAACAGUGUAUCAACACAGUGGGAACCUACACCUGUCAGUGUCCUGAUGGCUACAACAAGAUUGGCAUAGAGUGUGUGGAUAUUGAUGAGUGCAGGUACAGGUAUUGCCAGCAUCGCUGUGUUAAUGUGCCUGGAUCUUUCUCGUGUGAGUGUGAACCUGGGUUCCAGCUAGCAGGAAAUAACCGAUCCUGUAUUGAUGUAAAUGAGUGUGAGAUGGGGGCACCUUGUCAGCAAAGAUGUUACAACACCUAUGGUACAUUCCUGUGUCGCUGUGAUCAAGGCUAUGACUUGGGAUCAGAUGGAUUUUCAUGCAAUGAUAAUGAUGAAUGCAGUUAUUCCAGUUACCUUUGCCAGUUUCAGUGUGUGAAUGAGCCCGCAACAUUCUCCUGUGUUUGUCCAAAUGGCUAUGAUCUACUUGGAACACGACUCUGCCAAGAUGUAAACGAGUGUGAAGCCGGCACUCAUCAGUGUGGGGAGGAACAGAUCUGUGUGAACAUUCAUGGUGGGCAUCAGUGUGUGGACUCCAACCGCUGCCAGGAUCCCUACAUUCAGGUGUCAGAAAAUCGCUGUGUGUGUCCUGUGGUAAAGCCAGAGUGCCAGGAUCAACCCUUCUCAAUCGUGUAUCGGUACAUGAGCAUCACCUCUGAACGUUCAGUUCCCUCAGACAUCUUCCAGAUCCAGGCCACCAGCGUCCACCCUGGAGCCUACAACACUUUCCGCAUUCGCUCAGGGGAUGACAAUGGAGAAUUCUACAUACGGCAAAUCAACAACAUCAGUGCCAUGUUGGUUCUGGCCCGAGCAGUGUCUGGACCCAAGGAGUACGUCCUUGAUCUAGAGAUGGUGUCCCUCAAUCCUGUCAUGAACUACCAGACCAGCUCUGUUCUCCGUCUUUCUGUUUAUGUUGGGCCUUAUGCUUUCUGAGGAGUGAGAGAUAAUGUAGAAAAACACUGAAGGACAGCAGAUAUUUUUGUUCUCUUCAAUAUUUUAUUUUUAUUUUGUCUGAUUCUGCUUUUUGUGACUGCUUUGUAAUAUAUUGAAAAUUGGCAACACGUUUCCAAGAAUUCACGUUGAAAUCAUCUUGUUUUGUAGCUGUCUUUGGCAUGGAAAUGUGCGUCUAUUCUUGGAAGUGCCGAAGCUGAACGUGCUGAACAUUUCUUCUUCUCACUUGGUCACCGUAGACUCAUUAUCACACAUACUUUCAGCAUACAAACACACGCACAUGCAAACAGUGAGACUGAUCGAAUGUUUUGUCACGGGAAGGUUCGGAAAGAGCCUUACAUUGUUACAUAAAUGUUCAAUAAUAAUAAAACAUGAUUAUCAAGCCUCCAUGCAAUAAAUAUUCCAAAGAAUUUUUGUAUUUACUUUCGUAACACUAUAAUCUUGUAAAAACACUAACAGAUCUCUUUGACACGUCAAGGCCACAGAAAUUGUUUGAAGAUAGAUUUUUAUAAUCAUUGAAAAUGUAUUUUUCUUUACAUAAUUACCAAAUAAAAUUGGAUCAAUUAAAUGAA